AUGGCUGGCAUCGUUGCGCUGCAUGGCAUGGCACCCAACCAACGGGACCUGGGAAACCCCACUCCUGGCUGCUGCUGGCUUGCAGCUACAUUACCUGCGCAGCCCAUGAAACCCUCUGCGACCGGCGAUACGCGUCGGCCGAAGAAUGUGGUCUCGGUCGCUUGGACACAUGUGGGCGAGACACCUGCGCUGUGGCGAGAAGACUCCGUCGGGGGCCCAGAGGCAAACCAGUCGGAAACCCGUCAGGCAGAGGCCAUCGCCGUCAUGAUGGAGGUGGCUGGCCACGCAUCUGGCCGCCAGCUUCCCUCCUGCAGCUCCCUGGUCGCCUCGCCCCUGACGGUGUCCCGGAGCAGUGGCACAUGGCAAAUGGAACAUUUCUAG